AUGAUGCGAAAAGUACACCUGAGAAGUCGCAUUUAGCUAUAUACAAAAUAUAGUCUUUUAUUAUAUCAGUGAUUAUGCAGUAACUCGAUAAAAGACUUCGUUGUCAAGUGUCGUGCUUACUGAUAAAAACGUAACAAAUUUGGUUAUUAGUUACCGAUAAUUUGACAAAUAUAAUUUACAAUAGAAGUUGUUUGAAGUAGAAUAGAGGACUAAUUCAAGUAAGCAGUGAUAUCUGAAGUUGAAAAUAUGAGAGGGAUGAAAUGUCAUAACAUGGUGAUGAAGGUCGCCGUGAUCUUUUUCGGGUUGAUGUCAUGUAUCAACGCACAGGAGGUGACUGUACAGCCAAUAGCUACACAAGACGAUUGUAUCUGUAAAGUUGAGGACACUGUCUGCUCUUGCACGCUUGAAAUCGAGCAUAAACUGACCAUGAUACUGGAGAAAGAAAAACAAUUGGUGUAUCCUGACAACGGUAUUUUGAGGCUACGAGGCAAAGAAAACAACGAUGCUCCAUUGACACCUGAGCAAGUGUCACAAGUUCUGACGGCCGAUGGACAAACUUCGCGCCUAGUCAUUGCAAUAAAUGGUAGAUUUCCUGGUCCAAGAAUAGAGGUCUGGGAAGGUCAAACGUUAAAUGUUACAAUUAUAAACAAACUCCACACAGAUAGCGUGACCGUUCACUUUCAUGGAUUACAUCAGAGAAAUGCGCCGUGGAUGGAUGGAGUCGCAUUUGUUACGCAGUGUCCUAUAUUGCCUGGACAGACAUUCGUGCAUAGAUUCAACGCAUAUCCGCCAGGAACAGCUAUGUACCAUGCACAUAUAGGAGACCAGAGGAGCAUGGGACUUUACGGACCUGUCAUUGUCCGCCCAACAAAGAAUCCAAUUAUUGAAGACAAUGAAAUCAUCAUGUCACUUCAGGACUGGAAUCAUCUUAUGGACCCCGAAACAGCAUACAAUAGAAUGAUAACUGAACAGUUUGAUUUUCAGACAUAUGAAAAGAUAAAUACAACCUAUUCUGUAGACAGGGGGCAGUUCAGCCGCUAUGAGUUUCAGUCAGGCCUUGUAAAUGGAAAAGGACGAUUCUGGAUGACGGAAAGUACAAAUAACGGCGCACCUCUUGAACGUUUUAAAAUCCGUUCCGGAUCACUCUACCGAUUUAGAAUAAUUGGUGCAAUGACGCUCUACCCGAUGAGGGUUUAUAUAUAUGGUCAUCGGCUAACACUACGAACAUCGGACGCAUACAAUGUUGACAGGAUAGCUGUACAGUCAAUAGUAGUACAUCCGGGAGAAAGAUACGACUUCUACUGGCAAGCUCCAGCAGCGAGUGAAGUCACUUCAAAAGAGUUAUUAUUUAUUGCUGAAACAAUAGAAACAUCAGAAAGUCUUGGUUUCGCCAAGUACCAUGCAGCUGAAGCGGUACUAGAGUUCGAAGAUUUCGUAGGUCCAACUCCUUCUCCGAAUCCUCCAAAUAGCAGACGGGAAACGUGCACUCCUUCGUCGAAGUGUCCUACAUUCAACUGUCCUUAUGAAUAUUACCCACCGGGUGAAAACAGAGGCUGUAUAACAUUCAAUGAAGUCAACAACACUGAUCCCAAUCAAGAUUACAAAGACGUUCUAGGUAAUAGUGUAGAUGAGGAGUACUUUUUCAACUUUGCCUUUCCAGGACCUCCAGGAAAUACACCAGGUUCGGUAAAUGGACGAGAGUUCGUCCCGCCAACAGUUUCACUUCUCACACAAGAAAAUGAGUUGAACACAGAGUGCAAUGACGACUGUGAGAGAGAUGGAAUAUGUAAAUGCACGUAUAUUCAGAAAUUGAAAUCCAAUAAACUGGUUCAAUUUGUUUUACUUAAUUUAGGGAGUGGUUCGGGAUGGUCACAUCCCGUCCACUUGCAUGGACAUUCAUUUUAUGUCAUGAAAAUGGGUUUCGGCACGUACAACCAAACUACAGGAAGUAUCACCGCUAAUUCUUAUGACAUUAGCUGCACAGACAAAUUUGGCUACUGCAGUUCUGCAUCUUGGACGAAUGGCAGCUGGGCAGGCGGCAAUGUCCCGGGUUUAAAUCGCCGACCACCACAGAAAGACACUAUUAUCGUUCCAACAGGAGGUUACGUGGUGAUCCGAUUCCGGUCGGAUAAUCCCGGGAUGUGGUUUUUACAUUGUCAUAUUGACCUGCACAACACGAAUGGUAUGGGAAUGGUUAUUGACGAAGGAGAAACAAAACCAAGCCCUCCUGCAGGAUUCCCUACUUGUAGAAACUUUUUAUACAAUGGCAAAGGACCUGUAAAUGAUGCCACGAUCAACAGCAGAAUGUCCCGCCUGACGCUUUUUGCACUUAUCCUGGUGGUAAAGAUAUCCAAAUAAGUGUGUGUAUUUUGAAAAUGUAAUAAACAAAAGCUAUUGAAACAUUUAUUUUAAAUAAAAGAUUUAUGAAACUGUGAACUUAACAUAGAGCAAUCACAGAAACGAUGUAACCACCGCGUUACAAGGUUGGAUGAAUCCAGACCCGCCAAGCUCAGAAAACGGCACGGAUAAAUAUUGUAUACAUGGCGUUAAUAUUCUUACUAUUAUAUGAGCUAAUUAUAUAUCCAUAUCAUUUUCUUAAAAUGUACCUAACCGUCUGACUGGCGCUUUAUUUCUUACCUCUGUGAAUUAAAGAUUUGCGGAAUCUGAAAAAAAAUAUUAAAAAGGGGCAGAUACGAGUAUAUCAAAAUUUAUCUUGAAUGAAUUCAUAUAAAAACUUGCAUGGCUUAGACUGUUUUAAAUAGAGAGUUCAAAAAAGAUCAAUACCAAUAUUUAUCUAAAACGUUUUUACAUAAAAUACUGACAUAUUUAGAACUUUAUGAUACAGAGACCGAUAUAUAUUAAUAUUCAUCUACAUGAUACAUGUACUAGGACAUACUGAAAUGGAUAAGACGUUUAGAUAGAGGGAGAGAAAUAUCAAUCAUUUUCUACUUAGUGAACGUAUUCAAGUCUUAAACUUACAUAGUUUUAGACUUUUUGAAUGGAAGGACCAAUAUAUCGAUAUUUACUAACAUGUAUACUCUCAAAUUGUACAUAACAUUUAGUUUAGACUUUUUGAAUAGAUGGACCAAUAUAUCGAUAUUUGCUAACAUGUUUAGUUUCAAAGUGUACAAUUUAACUUAGUUUAGACAUUUUGAAUGGAGGGACCAAUAUAUAAAUAUUUACUAACAUGUUUGCCUUCAAAGUGUACAUAUAACUUAGUUCAGACUUUUUGAAUGGAGGGACCAAUAUAUCAAUAUUUACUAACAUUUUACUUUCAAAGUGUACAUAUAACUUAGUUUAGACUUUUUGAAUGGAGGGACCAAUAUAUCGAUAUUUACUAACAUGUUUACUUUCAAAGUGUACAUAUAACUUAGUUUAGACUUUCUGAAUGGAGGGACCAAUAUAUCGAAAUUUACUAACAUUUUACUUUCAAAAUGUACAUAUAGCUUAGUUUAGACUUUUUGAAUGUUGGGACCAAUAUAUCGAUAUUUACUAACAUGUUUACCUUCAAAGUGUACAUAAGACGUAGUUUACUUUUCGAGUAGAGAGACUGAUACUUCGACAUUUACCAACAUAUUUACCUGUGUACAUAUCACAUAGAUAACACUUUUUAAAUAGAGAGACCAAUAUAUACAUACAAAGCGUACAUAUGACAUAGUUUAGACUUUUUGAAUAGAGAAACGAAUACGAAACCCAUAUUUACCUACGAAGUGUACAUAUGACAUAGUUUAUUAUUCAGUUAUUGACUUAUGUUGAGGUCAAUAUGUGUUUUUACGGGCCUGUAAAAAUGAUAUUGACCGAGGACGAAGUCCGAGGUCAAUAUCAUUUUAUAGGUCCGUAAAAACGCUAUAAUUGUUAUAUUAUAUGUCUUCUCAAAUGCAUUCGUUUGACUGGCCCAUUUUUCAUACUUGUAAGAAAAAGUGAUAUCACAAGAUAAUCAUCAUCAACUUGGGCGACCUGUGUUUUUUCCACCUAAAGUUAUCUACUUUUAUUUUACCACCGCUAGGAAAACAGGGAUACUGUUUUAUUACCUGUUUUGUUGAUAGGAAAUAUGUUUUCCUUUGUAAAUCCUACAAUCGUAUAAUAAAACUGAAACAUAAAAUGAGUAAGACUUAUUAAAAUAAAAUGUAUAUACAAACUACAUUAACUAUAUUUCGUGGUAUAUACUGGUUUUGAUGUUACUGUACCGAAUAAGGCCUAGUUUUAUAAUUAUAAAUCCUACAAUUGACUGAAUGCAUUCUCUGAUAAAAGCUGCUCAAAUUUUCAAAUGCCGUAUUUGUCAUUCUUUUUGAUCUUUGGACGAAGUUUUUCCAGAAUUUCGCCCAUCUCAUAUACAGAGGCUCUAGCGUACGCCUUUGCGAUACUUUCGCAAAACCUAUGUUUAACAAUUUGUAUCCGUAAAAUCAGGGGGGAAAUUAUCUUAAAUUUGAAUGCUGCUCUUUUAUCGCGACUACCGGAACUAAAUUUCAAAUCAUUUUUUAACCUUAAUUGUGGAGCGUUUCCUUAGAAAUAAGCUUCCUUAGAAAGAAUCUGAUUGAAAUCAACUCCUAUUAACGCUUCGCAUAGAAUCGGAAGCCAACCAAUAGAGGGUUACGUUCAGACGACCUUUUCGCUAGAGGUUUGCUUUCAACAUUUUAAAAGUGUAAGUAGAAGUUUAAAAAAUCUAUAUUUAGCCUUGAAUUUCAGUUUUUGACAUGUGAUUAUCACGGAUUAAAAUUUUUAUGAUGACAUCUUCAUGACAGAGCCCUCGUGGUUGUUUUUUCUUUGUGAAGAAAUAAAAAAUAAAUUAAUAAAGCCAAAAGGAAACUUGGCGGAAAGAAAUUAUGGCACACCCAGAAAUUCAUACUUUGCUCGGUUUUAAACGUUCGCUUUUAUUUUUUUUAAAAGCAUUGUGUAUUACUUCGUCAAUGAGCGCUAUUUUAAAGGUUAAGCCAUUUAAAGAAGUCGUCAGAUGGGUUAAAAUAAAAUUAAUUUACAAGGUUGGUGGAAUAGAAAAUUUGGAAAUCCUAUAAAACAGAAAGAUUAAGUUGAAUCGGCCGCCAUUAAGGAAAAUCUGGUACUUUAGCUAGAUUGGUCAUGAUUUGCAAAGGAUAAGGUAUUAUCAUCAGCAUAGUUCUAUAAUUGACUAUCUUGAACAAAAUGAAAUAUGUGAUUAAGAAAAUUUUUAAAAAGAGAAGUACAUAAUAUUGAGCCUUGAGGAGCCCCUUUAUAUAUUUCUUUGAAGUCACUUUUGAAUUGAUCUAAUUUGAUACACUGUUUUCUUUCACUUCAGUAGCUGAAAAUCAACUUCAAAGAAUUUCAGAUAAACCAUAACUUUUUUAACUUGAGAGAGAGAGUAAGUCGUAUGGCAAACGAUUGAACGCUUUAGAAAGGUCCGUUAAAACUGGCGCUAUGUACAAAAAAAAAUGUAUUUAUUUUCAUCUCAUGCCCAAUCCUCAAUUAGUCUAAGUAGGGUUGUCUGACAGCCGUAAGCCGAUCUAAAUCCUGACAGAUGUGUAUUGUAUUGUUGGUCAAAAAUGGGUUAAUUGUGUAUUUAUUGUUCUUUCAAAUAUUUUAGAGACAAAAGGUAAUAUACAGACAGGGUGGUAGUUUCCCUUAUCUAAUGUACUCUUUUUCUUAUGUAAAGAUGUUACUUUCGGUAUUUUUAAAUUUUCUAGGAAUACUGAUGUUUCAAAAGACUUAUUUACCAUAGAGGCAAUAUGGCUUGAGACAGUGUGCUUUGAUAAUUUAAGUAACUUUGGUGAGAUACCAUCAAUGCCGGUCGCUUUCUUUAUACUUAAUUUAUCUAUUUUAUCCAUAAAAGAAGAUUCAACUAGAUAAAAGCAAACAUUAUUAUUUGAUUUUAUUGAUGUUAUAAUGUUGAUAAUGGAUACUUUUAAUUGUGUAGACAUGCAAGAAUUCAUUACACUGCAAAACAAUACUGUCAUUAUAAGUUA